AUGCAACUAGACAUAGUCAUCAUCGGAGCUGGCCUCGGAGGACUCUCGGCCGCGAUCUGCCUGGCAAGGAAAGGCCACAAAGUCAAGGUGCUGGAGAGAAAUGCAGGUCUUUCGGAAUACGGCGCAGGCAUCCAACUCAGUCCCAACGCGACAAGGAUACUUGAUUCAUGGGGCUUGAGCUCGGAGUUUCGAGAGUACUGUAACCUCCCGGCAUGGUCGGUGGCCAGGAGAUACAAUGACAACGCCAAAAUCGGCAUGAGCUCCCAAAAUCCAGAUGCGUCCGAGAUAUACGGGCACCCAUACUGGCAGAUUUACCGGCCGGAUUGUCAGCGGAUUUUGGCCGACGGGGUUCGAAAGGCUGGUGCCACGAUUGAAUAUAGCAGUGAGCUCCAGAAGGUGGAUGCGGAGCAAGGCAAAGUCCACCUGAUGGACGGAAGAACAAUCGAAGCAGAUCUUGUUGUGGGUGCCGACGGCAUACGAUCAAAGACGCGGGGAUUCAUCAUCGGCAAUGAGAAGAUAGAACCAGUCCCACUGGGAGAAUUCAACUAUCGUGCCAUGAUACCAGCCGAGGCAAUGCUGAGAGACGAAGACACGGCAAAGCUGAUGGCUAGUACAGAAACCCAUGCAUGGUUCGGACCAGGUCGAUUCAUUGUCGGCUAUGCGAUAUCGAAUAACAGGUUUUUCAAUCUCGCCAUGGUGUCACCAAGGGACGACGACACGCCAGUGACAUCGUGGAAUCAGCCGGGUGACAUCGAAGAGCUCCGAGCCGAGUUCAGCACUUUCAACCCCCUCGUACGAAAGUUGACUGGUUUCGUAGAGAAAUGUGCAAAGUGGACGAUAGCUGAGAUCCCCGAGCUAAGCACAUGGUCAAGCCGGUCUGGUAGGACAGUGCUCCUUGGCGACGCGGCGCAUGCGAUGUCACCACACGCGGCACAGGGGGCUGCCAUGGCUAUGGAAGAUGCAGCCGUGCUCGGCGAGCUCCUAUCCAGGCUGAACAGCCUAGACGAUCUUCCUUGUCUCGCCGGCCUGUAUGAACGACUUCGGAAGCCGCGUGUAGCUCGUGUUGCGACGAUAGCGAAGGACAAUGGUAGUUCCUGGAUGUUGCCCGAUGGACCUGAGCAGGUAGCUCGUGAUGAUCGGUUCAGGAAGGUUACCGACGAUUAUAUGCGUGGACUUCGUGAGGUCGGUCGCGAAUUGAUGGUGGCAAAACUGAGAGUGCCAGCGGACAUGGAUGCGAGGUGGCCGCAGCCUGCCGUGAUGAUGUGGCUGUAUGGCUACGAUGCGAGUGAGGCGAUCCAGGGUUCCGAAAAUAGUAAAUGGUAG